AUGGCUACAGGAUUGGAGAUCGUCGGCACAUUUGCCGCCGUUUACCAGCUGAUCAAUGUAUCAGCUGGGUUGAUAACCGAGUGCAUGGCUGUACACAAUGGCGAGCGCACUGCUGAGAGCGACUUGAAGGAGCAUGCCCAAAACUUGGAAGAAGCCUGUAAAUUAACUCAGGCACGUUAUCGGGAUAUGGGCUCCUCCGAAAAGCUUUCUGAUACCGAAAGGCGUGUUCAAAAGACUGCAAGUAGAUGUCACGCUUCUGCUCGAGCACUGCUUGGGGAGCUAGACUUUGUGAAAAAGGAGCAGGAAAAUUACGACUGUAUGGGAGCCGUCGCUUAUGUGAUCAAAUCCAAGGUGCACCGCAAGAAGAUCGAACGGAUGGAGGCUAGGUUCAAAAACGACCAACAGGAGUUACAGAUAAUUCUCCAAUCUGAUAUCCUUUCACAAAAUAAGGCCAUGCAGUAUCUCCAGAUGGAAAGUUUCGCGGAUUUAGAGGAAGACAUACAGAUUUUGAUCAACCAGGCAUCCGAGGGCUUCUGCGGGCUAGAGAGAUUCAUCGAAGCUCAGCAUAAGGCGACAAAAGACCUUAUCGUUCAGGAAGUCUCGAAAGUACAGCGAGCGAUCAAAGAAGACUUCACGACUAAAGAACAGCGCAAAGAAUUUCUCCAAAGUUUCAGAUAUCCAGAGAUAAAUAAGCGGUAUAACGACGUGCUGGAUUCGAAUGAAGCCAACUUUACUCGAGUCUUUGCAUCUUACGAAAAGGUUACGAGGCACGACCAGAGAUCUGUAUUGUCAAUAGGUGGCAACAGUCACUCCAGCUCUGAAGCUAGCAGAUAUGAUGCAAGCCAUAGCGACCCCGAUAUCGACAGUGACGAAUUGAGAAUUAUUGAAGAAUCAUGGUCGAGCUUCAUCAACUGGUUGAGGUCUAGCGACUCCUUAUUCUGUAUUCAAGGAAAGCCUGGGUCAGGCAAAAGUACUCUGAUAAAGUUUGUGAUCGAUAACAAAAACACCCGACGACUUCUUGAAUAUCAAAGUCCUGAGAUAGUCAUCAUGUCUCAUUUCUUUUGGAAAAUUGGAAGCAAAGAACAAAGCAGCAUUAAAGGAUUUUUAUGUUCAUUAAUCCACCAGUUGUUAGCUCGCAGUGAGCAUCUACAGGAGCUUGCAAUGGGCCUGUAUGAUACGGGCUUCCACAAAAGCUAUGAUGACUGGUCUCCAAGAACUCUCAAAAGUCUUCUCCGCCAGAUUUUGGAAGCUAAAAGCCAUGCUAUCUGUGUCUUCGUCGACGGUCUCGAUGAAGUCGCGAAUGAUGAUGGCCUUGGGAAGCUGACGCGGGAGAUUGAAGAGGUUCUUCAGUUUUCAGGCAUUAAGAUUUGUGUUUCUAGCCGACCAGAAGCAUCAGUGGUACAAUGGCUUGAGAGAUUGAAUGCUCGGAGCAUUUUACUUGAGGAUCUUACCAGGCCUGAGAUGAGCAACUACGUUCAUAAGGGCCUGGAUCCCUUGCUUUCUUCGAAGAGACUCUCGAUCAAGACCCAUCGAUAUCUAUGUGAUGAAAUGGUUCGAAAAUCGCAAGGAGUCUUCUUGUGGCUCUCCUUGGUCUUAAGAAGCCUCAUAGACGGUAUACAGAACGGAGACACAGAGCAGAUACUCAUGAAACGUCUUGCUGAGUUACCAAGCAAAAUACAUGAUCUUUAUGCUGACAUUUGGUACCGUUUGAAAGAAAGGAGCCCAGUAUACAGAAGAGAUGCAGUUCGGUAUGUUAUGUAUACUCUGAUGAGCCACUGGCAGGCGAUUUACUUCCGGCCUCAAGAACACAUUUUCGAUAUUUGUGUCACACUACCUGCCUUGGGACAGAUCGCAUUUGCAGAGAUGCCCGAUAGACAGGAAACUCUCCUGGAAUAUGGAAAAAAGAUAGAGUUCAAGGAAGUACUGGAGAUCUGCAAUAUGGCAAGAAAUCGGAUCGAAAUCAGUUGUGGUGGUUUGCUACAAAUUGGAAGGCUAGAAAAGGGAAAGGGAAUAUCAACGUGUGAUCCCAACGACCUCUUCAUGCAGAAGGUGGCUUUCAUUCACCGCACAGCUCAUGACUUCUUCACCGAGACGGAAGUUGGAAGAUCAAUAUUGCGGGAAGACUCUGUAAACCGCUUCGAGAUAGCGACGUGUGCUGCCAAGGGUCUUUUAUGUCUCCAUCGCAUCAUGGCUCACCAGCAUGGUGUGAGGGCCGAGAUGCUUUAUUUUCUCGACCAGAUUGGGCGCCUGAGCGAGGAAAGCAAUAUUUCAGCUGUCGCGAAGAUAGCUGAAAUGCUUCCAGUCUUGCAAUCGCUCUUCGCAGAGGAUAUAAUUUCAGGCAGUGGUACCUGGCAACCCAAGUGCCACUUCCUGACCUACCUCGUUCCUUAUACCUCUUUCCAUAAAUUCAUCCUAUACGAAAUACAGAAGGCGUCAUCAGAAGAGCUUGCGACCCAAGUUCUCCAAGAGCUAUGCUGCGAGAUGGGUAUUUCCUCCUCUACCAAACGCCUAGUUUCAUUUGGACUUAUCGGACCCCUUAUCUCAAUGGGUGCUGAUGCGCACACUUGUAUAAGAGACCAAGGACUGGCGAAGAGCCGAGAGAGUCACCGCGAGCUGCUGGUCAUUAGAGGCAGCUCAUUCGCGAACUUUCUAAGAUUAUCAAUCACAGCGUCCUUUUUUGACAGCUACAAGGACGGAGAUCUCGCUACACUGGUAUCGAAAGUGGUUACAACCAUGGCAGUGACCUGCCCAGACCUGAAUGACGCGACGUUGAUUGUAUUCAGAACGUGCAACACUGGCAGAGUCAUGCUGGAAAAGGAUUCGAACAGAGUCCACAACGAGAAUAAAUAUGCCUCUAUUGUUGUAGAAGCAAAGCUAAGCUUUCUUAUCGCUUAUUUGUUCUCCCAAUUGAAGCCAUUAACCGAAGAAAAUGCCGUUCUCAAACGUUUCUCUGGCAAGCUUGAGCCCCCUAGACCAGACAUACGGUUCAUUUUCACUUUCGAUGAAGACAAUCUCAUCUGCAACCGCAUCUCAUCUCAAGGGUCUUGCGAGAGGCUGAUUGAUUUUCUGUUUCCAAGGGAAGGUUCCCCGCCGCAAACUAGUGAACUAAUCGGCAUGUAG